AUGAUUUUCUUAUCGAAUAUAUGGAUUUUCAAAAUGAUACAAGCAAAUCAUGUCACCAUGGCAACAAAUAAUAGUAAUAAUAAUAAUAGUAAGCAUAAUUUAUUAUUUAAUUCUGAUGGAAACAUUUUCAAUAUGGAAACACAGAUGGAUUUGAUUCAUCGUUUACCACGUUACACACAAAUAUUGUCAUCGUCGUCGUCAUCGUCAUCAUCAUCAUCAUCUUCGUCACCGUCAGCAAUAACACCAGUUCUAGGUACAGAAUUAAUUCAACUUAGUCAUAAUUGUAUAGUCUAUGAUGAAACACCAGCUCAAUAUAAUUUACUUGAUGAAACUAAUGGAAAUACAUGUCAAUUAUUAUCAUCAUCAUCCUUCUCAUCCUCAUCCUCAUCAUCAUCAUCAUUAUCGAGUAUACCAAUGAUUCAAAUAAAAAAUUCCGAGAAAUUAUUCAUUAAUAUGAAAAUUAUUACAACAGCAAAUCCCAUGGCAAAAUAUUUUAAUAUUAAUCCAAAUAAUUAUACAUUGUAUACAAGUCAACAUAUUGAUCGUGAAGAAUUAUGUAAUCAAGCAAUGCUCAUGACUGAUACAUCGUCUAUACCGGAUUCAUUACGAACAUGUUGUAUAAAUCGUCGAAAGGAAUGUAUUUUCCCAUUGAAUAUACUUGUACAGACAAGAAUUGAAGGAAUACAUGUUGGAUCCAGGUUACCUUUACCAUUAGCGGAAGAUUUAGAUUGUGUAGACUAUAAUAUUGUACGUUAUCAGCUACUUACACAAGGUGAUGAUACAUUUGAAUUGAUUCAAUUAUCAAAUGAUUUAAUCAAUAAUCUACCUUCAUUAGUUCCAUCUACCUCAAUUAAUAAUGAUAAUAAUCAACUAAUCUAUUCAAAUUAUAAUAGUUUAUCUUAUAAUAGACAAAUGGAACAUCCAUUUACUUAUCAUCAAUCGAAUACAUUAUCACCAAUAAAUCAAUUAUUACCAUAUCAAAAUCGACCAGAACAAUUAUAUUUAAAAGUUACGAAACCAUUAGAUUGGGAAACUAAACGUAGCUAUCAAUUUAUAUUAACUGCUGAAGAUAAUGGAUCACCAGCAUUUACCGGUGAAAUGAGUUUGAUGAUCAUUGUCACUGAUGAAAAUGAUAAUCAUCCUAUAUUUCGUAAUAAAAGUUUAAUGAUUAGUGUACCAGAAAAUUCACCUGAAGGUUUACAUCUUAUACAAUUAAUUGCUGAUGAUCCAGAUGAUGGAAAAUCUGGUCAAAUUAUUUAUAGUUUAAUAAACAAUGAUGUCAACAUUAAACCACCAUCCUCAUCCUCAUCAUCAUUAUCAUCGCUAUCGAAUAGUAAUGACCAUUCCAAUCAACGUCAAUUACAUAACAAUACUCAUACUACUAAUAAUAGUAAUGAAAUGAAGAAAAGCUUAUUUGAAAUUGAUUCUAAAACUGGUUGGUUAAUUAUAAAUGGACAUUUAGAUUAUGAAAUAUCAAAACAUCAUCUUCUACGUGUCAUAGCUCGUGAUCAAUCGAAUCAUCCAGGAUUUGAUGAAGCAAUCAUUAGUGUUUAUAUUACAGAUAUCAAUGAUAUUGCACCACAGAUUACAGUAGAAUCCGUAAAUCAUAUUUCAUCAAGUCAAUCGAUUAUUGAUAAUCAUAAUAAUCAAUAUAAGAAUAAUAUAUUACAAGUGUAUAUCAAUGAAACUCCUGGACAUAAUAUAAUGAAUUAUAAAUUAGAAAAUGAAUAUACUACUCAUGAUAAUUUAUUACCAACUAUGAUACAAUUAUUAGCUUUUGUAGUUGUAAAUGAUCCAGAUACUGGUCCCGGUGGUACAUUUCAAUGUCAUUUAGAAUUAAACACAAUAGAUAACAAUGAUAAUCAUAAUAAAGCAUUUAGAUCCAAGUUACAUUAUCCAACACAAUAUACAUUGAAUGAACAAAAUCAUUAUUUAUCAUUCAUUCCAACUCCUAGUACUAAUACUAUUCGUAGUACUACUGGUACUAUAAGUCAUAGUUCAAUUGUUGGAAUGUUUCAAUUAAAUCCAAUAUCUAAUUUCAAUUAUGAAUUAAAUACAAUUUAUGGAUUUGAUUAUGAAUUUAGUAAACAGAAUCAGUAA